AAAAUCUUGGGUGAGAAUUAUCGAAAGCUUUGAAUAAUGAGAGCACUGGCGGCGGCACAGCCGUUGCUUUCCGAUUUGCCGAGUCUUGUUCGCUCAUGGCUUCCGCCGUCUUCAAGCUUCAAGGCGUUUUCUUCUUCUUCUCCUUCGUCGGAUUCGGACCUUCGGAAUCAGUCUCGCGGUGGCCUCCCUCGAUUCUUCUCCGACGAUCUUCCAUCGCGCAAGGGUGGAAUGGUUCGUGUUCAAGGCUCUGAGUUUUGGCAUAUGGCUAAAGUUCUAAGAUUGAAAGCUGAAGACAGGGUAGAACUCUUUAAUGGCAAAGGAGGUUUGGUAGAAGGUUGUAUACAAAACAUAGACAAAACUGGAGUUGAUUUCGUCGCACAAGAAGAUCAGAAGGUGGUUCUUCCUCAGGGCAUCCAGUGGCAGGUGUUUGCAGCUUUUGGCACUUUGAAGGGUGGUAGAGCAGACUGGCUAAUUGAGAAAUGUACCGAACUUGGAGCGAGUAGUGUCACACCACUUUUAACAGAAAGAUCUUCCGUAAUCUCUGAUAACCGGGUUGAUAGAUUGGAGCGUGUUAGUUUUGCUGCUGCUAAACAAUGCCAAAGGCUACAUCAAAUGGUACUUAGCCCUCCGAUCAAAUUUAAUGCCCUCUUGGAUCAUAUUUCCAAGUCAAAGUUAUGUUUGAUUGCUACAGCCGAAGCUACACCUCUUCUAAAUGCAGUAAAAUCCUCAGGCAAAGAAAGUAGCGGACUGUUAAUUGUUGGACCAGAAGGCGAUUUCACGAAGAAAGAGGUGGAGAUGAUGUUGGAAGCAGGCGGCACAGCUGUUGGACUUGGACCACACCGGUUGCGAGUUGAGACGGCAACCAUUGCGCUUUUGGCCACUUUAGUGAUGUGGUCUGACUCUCAGGAGACAGUCUAAAUGGUUACCGGGCUGAAAGUGUUUGUUACCCUUGUGUUCUGAGAUUUUGGUUGAGUAAAGGUCUGUGGAUUCUAUUUA